GCCGCACGACGCAGGGAGGCACGCAUAGGAAGAGGCGUGGCUACGAGUUCGGAGCUCUGUGCGCCGCUCUCGCGAGAGCAGUACAAGAAGGAAGCGCAGUCUGUUCAGGAUGUGGUUCCUGGUUGCGUGUCUCUUGCUAAAUGUCGCUGCGGCGGGCUCCGUGUCGUCUGACCCACGUCCCAACGCCGAAGGUUCGGAUAGGCUAACCCCGGUCCCGACCCGAGGAACUCCAGACCGGCCUUCUGCAGGAAAGGAGGGCAACAAAAUCCUGGAGACCCAGCCGCCCCCUCCGAACCGGCCUUCCACCCUAGGCGGGGCCAGCGGGUCGGAACAGGGGCAGGGGCCCCCGAAAGGAAGCGCCAGCGGAUCGGAACAGGGGCAGGCCUCCCAGAAAGGAGGCGCCAGCGAGUCGGAACUGAAUCUGGAGCCCCCAAAAGGAAGCGCCAUAGGAUCGGAACAGGGUCAGGUCUCCCAGAAAGCAGGUGCCAACGGGUCGGAACCUGGACAGGAGCCCCCGAAAGGAGGCCCCAGCGGGUCGGAACCGGGCCAGGGACCCCUGAAAGGAGGUGCCAAUGGGUCGGAACCCGGCCUGGGGCCCCCGAAAGGAGGCUCCAGUCCCCCCUCAGAUAACCAGGAGACAUCCAAGACUGAUAAAACCCAGGAGCCUGGAAAAGAGCAUACCUCUCUGCAGACUUCCAAAACUAAAGCUGGGGAGAGAGUGACGAUGGACUCGGACCUCUCUUCUCCCCAGCAGGAGGGAGAAGAUGAGUCUGUAGAGCCUGCUGAAGAAGGUGAUACAGGGCCUGAAGAGGGCUCACCAACUGGAGAGGAGAAAAAGAUGUCCAGCCCUGCCUCCAGUGAGAACCAUGAAGGGUCACUUUUGGAUUCCAUGAAUAGUGACAAGAAUGACCUUUAUAAGGACAAUCCUGGAGGUGCCAGCGCAGAGAGCAGCCACUUCUUUGCGUAUUUGGUCACUGCGGCCAUUCUCGUCGCAGUCCUCUAUAUUGCCUAUCACAAUAAGCGGAAGAUUAUUGCUUUUGCUUUGGAAGGAAAAAGAUCCAAAGUAACUCGGCGGCCAAAGGCUAGUGACUACCAACGUUUGAACCUAAAGCUCUGAUUUCUGCCCGCCAUGCCCUUGUCUUCCCUGCUGAUUUGUUUCUGAAUCAAGAGAAAUGAGGAGAAAAGCACUGUGACUUGAGACGCUCCCCAGGGUGUGUCCUUCUGUGUUCCCUUCAUGCUGUCAUGUUCCAUCAUCCUUUCCUCGGAGUGUGAGUCGGGGGAGCAUGUGGGAAUGUGGCUGGGACCAGAGGGAAGCCUGGCCUGCAGGCUGCACUGUCACCACCCUCCGUGGGCUGUGGCCUGGUGGUAAAGUUGGGCCUUGGCCGUGGUACCGCCCUCUGCACUGUUCAUCUUUGCAGACUUAUGAAAUUCUGCAAGUGGAGGGCUUUCCUACUAAGCCUCCUUGAGGGGAUGUCCCCUGGUAGAAGAUGGUGAGAUGCUGAUGGGCAGAGGGCACAUAAUUCUCUUCAAAGGCUUUAGCAGCAAACCAAAACAGCAAAUUAAAGAAGUGCUUCAUUGCCUGCGAGUCUAACCUAUCUAACAUGAGCCCCCUUGCUUUUCUGAUACUUUAUAUUAUUGGAGACAGUGAUUAUAUUUGGAUGUACUGAGCGCAAAGCUCAAUUUGGGGUUUCUGGAAGUAAAGCCACUUUCCCAUCAUUUUUCAUAAAUAGUUAUUGUUGAAACAGGAUGUUCUUUGAUUCAGUCACGCUCAAUAGGAGCUUUUUGAAAAGAGCAGUCCAUGCUUAAUGCUCCGAAACGUAGGAGGGUUUCAUCUACACUUUUUUCAAAAGACUUCUGUGGAACAAGUUUCCUACCAACUCUGUUUUGCCUUUGUUGCCUAAAAUAGACAAAAUAGGUUUAUAGUCAUAAACAAACUUCACUCUGACCAUUACUUUUAUCUCUUUGCUAAGAUACCAAGGGCAGCUGGUACAGUUCUCCCUGCGCCCCGUGUCAGGAAUCCAGUAGGUUCCCUAGGAUAGUGGAGGAGUAUCUGAAUGGCACUGCUAUUUGGAUUUUUAUUCCAGUCCUCUCUAGUCUUGCUAUGCUAUUACCAAGAGCCUGAGGAGGGUUGGAUCUCUGCUCUCGGAGCCACACAAAGACCGUGUGAGGAGGGAGAUGUAGAAGGUCCUGUGCUGUGACAGGCCAGCCAGUGGCCGUCCUGAUGUUGGUACUUUCCCCUGCUGCCUCAGUGUGCCGGGAGUAGAAGGUCCCUUCUGGGCAGGCAGCGGUCUUGUGAGAUGAGCAGGAGCACUCUCCUGCGCGUUGCUGCUUGUGUGCAGGUCCUUCGUCACCUUAUCCAGCUUGGGGAGUCAGGCUCCUGCGUGUCCUUGAGACCCUGGUUGGGUGUGCCCUGCUGGCCCCUUUCCCUUUGCUUCCCCUCCCUCUCAUGUCGGCACAAGGCUUGUGCCAUCUACAUGAAGUUUCCUCUGAGCUUCCUUCCUCCUGUCGCUCAUCCUUGGUGACCUUCACAAACCCAUGUUAGUCCGUGUCCUAGUGCUGUUGGGCCACUAGAUCCAGUGACUCAUUCUUGGAGCUCAGUCCUGUUCUUGAUGGUCGGAUGCUGCUGACAGGCAUGGUGACAUUCCCCUUUCUUGAUGUCUGACGUCAUCCUUUGCCAUAUUCUGUGCUGGUGGGGAUGAGGACCUGCAGAGCCAAGUCUCUGUGAAAGUCUUUCAGAAUUCACCUUUACUUUGUCUCUCCUUAUCCUUGAUUAAGCUGGGUGUUUGUGUGUGUGUCACUGGAGCUGGAUUCCUCUCAUCCCCACUGAGCUGCCCUCCAACUGCCCAGUGUCUUUAAUCAUAUGAACUCCACAUCACAAACUUGAUUUUUCUUGCUUCCUGUCUUUUAAAUCUCCAGCUGAUCUCUUUCCAUUUUCCUUGUUCCUCUGUCCACACAUUCACCCAUUUCACUUCUCUGCUGAUUUUUUUUUUCCCCCAUGGACCACCACAAUUGGUUCUGUCUAUUUUAGAAAGAUCAGUACUGGAAACACUCAUCUCCAGGGUUCUGGCCUGGUCUGAAGCUUCUGUCUGAACUUCUUGUGGCUUAGAAGGUCAGGUAGUACAUGGGUGUCGAGGACUGUGCAUGCUGACACCUUCCUCUCUCCACCUCUCACACAGACCAAAGCUCCCGCCUGUGCCUCUGUGCCUUUAUUCUUAGUGUGUCCGCAUAACCCAACUUCCCAUCUUUGUUAUUUGGUAAGGUUUUCUCCCUUUCUAAAACCUACCAAAUCCCACUGUUCCUUGGUACUCUUUCAGACUAAGAAAUUCUUCUCACGCUCAAAAGGUGAAGCUAUGUGGACUCCACAACAGUACUUAGGUGUCCGCUUGCUGCCAACCUUCUGCUUCCCAAAACUACCUUUCUUCCUGCUGUACUCUUCAAAAGCCAACAUGUCAAGGUCACUGCCAUCAGUAGCCAGAAAGUUGUGUGAGCCCUCAUCUCUCAAAAACAGGUGUCAAGAUGAAAGGAAACAUCUCUGCAAGAAGUAACUGAACUACCCAAGUCCCUGGGAAUAUCACUGUGCUAGGCAAAAGCAAGUGUCGAGGGCUGUCUUUCUAGAUCAUAGAGAUCAGGGUGGAACUGAAAGAAGCAACCAUACAGGGCAGGGCAGUCAGACAUGGGAAAACAUGGGUUGGGUCUUAAGUUUCACCCCUUUUCAGGAUGGCUGUCUUUUUGCAGAUGGAAUAUAUUGGAAGCAUGUUUUCCCAAGCUGGUGUGGAUGGGGAUGACCUAUUGAGGGGUCUCAAGCCAGGGGCUAGGGUGGAGCCACAAGAGGCCCCCUGUGGAGAUGGCCGUGGGCUUCCUCUGCUGUUAGGAGGAAGGGGCUUCAGUCGUGGAUAAUGCUAUACAUUAGGGACUGGACUGUCUAGAGUCCUCAGGCAUUGAAGACCCAGCUCUCUGGAAAGGCUGAGGCAACUCAGAAAGAUCUGACACUUAGCUGCACAUACUGACAUGUUUUUCCCUGUCUUUUCAACAUUUGAUGAUAGAACUCUGCCUCCAAAAUGCUCAGUGGUGAUGCUCAUCUUCUUCUCUAGUUCCUGUUCCCAUCACAUUAUGCACCAGUUGGGCACACGGGCGUGCACACACCAGCCCUGUGCUUACCCAUUCUGAAAGCCCUUGCCAGGAAGCCUGCACUUGGCAUUGCCUUGCUUAAGCAGGAAUGUUGGAAAGAGACGUUGAGGCUUCACUUAGCCAAGAGUGACUCACCUCCGCAGUUCCCCAAGUCAGAUGUGGAUUCUAAGUAUUCCAACUUGGAAACCCCUCUAUAAUGGGCUUGGAACUGAGCUGCACAGUAUUUCAAGCUGCCCACAGAGCCAGGCCCUCACACUCUGAUAGGUGUUCAUUUAAUUCAUAAACUAGUGGGAUAAGUACAUGAUCAACUAUUGAAAUUGUUUCCCUUUGUUUGCCCAAUGAAUAGGUUGUCAUGGUUUAGCACUGUUUUAUAUUUUCAGUUCUUUGUAACUUAAUUACAUAAUUUUAUUUUUUUAAAGCUUAUUUGGUGUAAUGAUAUUUUUCAGUACAUGUUUUAAUGAGCUUCUGUAAAUGCCAUCUCAAUGUGGUUUUGUCACUGAAUGGAAACCAAAAUAAAUUUCAGAUAAAGCAA